AUGGUCGACCCCGAGCUUGCCUGGCGAAUCUCCAUCGCCUCCGCCCCCAGCAAUUCAGCUUCCGCCCAAAAGCCAACCACACCGUACUGCUCCGCGUGUGCCUCGAGUCGCGGCAGGUCUCACUCCGCUUUUACCGUGGCAGCUUUGGUUGCAUAUGAGGUGCAUAAUUUGUAG